AUGGGUUUUGAGUAUGAAAAGAUACAUGCAUGCCCUAAUGAUUGCAUAUUAUACAGAAAAGAGUAUGUAAACUAUAACCAUUGUCAUAAAUGCAAUGCGUCACGCUACAAACAGAGACAUGGUGAAUCUAGUGAUGAUGAGGAGGUCAAAAAGGGUCCUCCCGCGAAAGUGGUAUGGUACCUACCGAUCAUUUCAAGGUUCAAGAGAUUAUUCGCUAAUGCAGACGACGCAAAGAAUCUUAGAUGGCAUGUUGAAGAAAGAAAAUGUGAUGGACAAAUCCGCCAUGUAGCUAGUUCUUUGCAAUGGAAGAAAAUAGAUUCUUUGUUUCCAAAUUUUGGCAAAGAGUCGAGAAACCUUAGACUUGGACUUUCUACUGAUGGAAUGAAUCCAUUUGGAAAUGACAUAGAUGUUUAUCUAAGUCCACUAAUCGAUGAUUUAAAAGUGUUGUGGGAGGAAGGGAUGGAUGUUUUCGAUGCGCAUUCUGGUGAACAGUUCAAUAUGCGUGCCAUGUUGUUUUGCACCAUUAACGAUUUUCUGGCAUAUGGAAAUUUGUCUGGAUUGCGGAAAGCUUUCAAUGGGGAACGAGAGUAUGGUGUUGCUCCAAAGCCCUUAACUGGAGAGGAAGUUUAUCAACGACAACAGGGAAUUACUGCUGUCUUUGGAAAGUACCAAAAUCGUCCUAUUGUGAAAAAUAUAUGGAAAAAGAGGUCGGUUUUCUUCGAUCUUCCAUAUUGGUCUAGUCUUGAGGCAAGACAAUGUAUUGAUGUGAUGCACGUGGAGAAAAAUGUAUGUGAUAGUGUAAUCGGAAUACUUAUCAACAUUCAAGGCAAGACAAAGGAUGGUAUUAAUGCUCGUCUAGAUUUGGGCGUGAUGGGUAACAAGACGUAUUUGCCUCCUGCCUUCUACACUUUGUCGAAAAAAGAGAAAACAAGUUUUUGUGAGUGUUUAGAAAGCAUCAAAGUGUCGCAUGGUUACUCGUCAAAUGUCAAGAGGCUUGUAUCGGUUAAACAUCUCAAAUUAGUUGGCUUAAAAUCUCAUGACUGUCAUGUCUUAAUGCAACAAAUACUACCAGUGGCUAUUCGUGGGAUAUUGCCUAACAAUGUUAGGAAGACUAUAACUAGGUUUUGCUUAUUUUUCAAUGCAAUUUGUUGCAAAUCCAUUGAUCCAUUAAAGUUAGAAGAUUUAGAAAAUGAGGUUGUAGUUAUGUUGUGCCAAUUAGAGAUGUUUUUUCCUCCUUCUUUUUUUGACAUUAUGGUUCACUUAAUUGUUCACCUAGUAAGGGAGAUUAGAUUAUGUGGUCCAAUUUUUUUAUGGUGGAUGUAUCCAAUAGAGCGAUACAUGAAGAUCCUAAAAGGGUAUACCAAAAACCCACACCAUCCAGAAGCAUCGAUUAUUGAGAGGUACAUUGCAGAAGAAGCAAUUGAGUUUUGUUCUAACUAUUUUUCGGAAGUGAAUGUUGUAGGGGUUCCCAAGUCUCGUCAUGAUGGAAUAUGGAAGAUGUUGAGAGGUACAUUGCAGAAGAAGCAAUUGAGUUUUGUUCUAACUAUAUAUUGA